AUGGACGCAGGCGCCCCCGACACCGUGAAGAGCAAAGACCUGGAGUGCCUUGACAAAGUGCCCUCACACGCUGAGAUUGGUACCACCGAUGCUGUCUUUGGAGAAAUUACCGAGGACGGUCCCAACUAUCGCAGUCUGGGAUGGAUCUCCACGUCCAUUGUCAUGAUGAAGUCAAUGAUCGGACUGGGAGUUCUAUCUAUCCCUGCUGCCUUUGACGUGCUAGGCCUUAUACCCGGCAUUAUCUGCCUUCUAGUCAUCGCGACGAUUACGACCUGGUCCUCAUAUGUUGUUGGAACCUUCAAGCUGAAUCAUCGUGAGAUUUACUCUAUUGAUGAUGUCGGUUACAAACUGUUUGGGGUGUUUGGACGCGGCUUCUUUGCUUCUGCUUUCUGUAUCUAUUGGUUCUGUGUCUCGGGCUCAGGAAUGCUCAGUGUCUCCAUCGCUUUGAACGCUGUUUCCAAGCAUGGUACUUGCACUGCCGUGUUUGUCGCAGUAGCUGCGAUCGUCGCGUUUAUGCUAUGCAGUAUUCGUACUCUAGGCAAGAUAACCUGGUUCGCUUGGAUCGGACUUUUCAGCAUCCUGACAGCAAUCCUCACAGUAACUAUCGCAGUCGGUGUUCAAGAUAGGCCGGCUAGUGCACCGACGACCGGUCCUUGGGAGUCCGACUACGAGCUGUUCAAGAAGCCCUCUUUUCUGGAGGCGAUCUCAGCAAUCUCGUCCCUAGUAUUUGCUUAUGCGGGUACUCCGGGAUUCUUCGCCAUUGUAGCUGAGAUGCGUGAGCCGCAGCACUAUGCACGCUCGCUCGCGAUUUGUCAGAGCGUCGUGACAGCGACGUACAUCAGCAUCGGUGUCGUGGUCUACUACUACUGCGGAUCCUACGUCGCAUCUCCGGCCCUCGGCUCUGCCGGCCCCCUUAUGAAGAAGGUGGCCUACGGAAUCGGGAUCCCCGGUCUCCUCGCCUCGACCGUCAUUGUUUCCCACCUGCCGAGCAAGUUCAUCUUUGUCAGCCUUAUGCGAGGCACCCGACAUCUCAAUGCCAACUCUUUCAAGCACUGGGCAAUCUGGCUCAGUUGCACCUUCGGAGCCACCAUGAUUGCUUACAUCAUUGCCAGCGCCAUCCCCGUCUUCAACAGCCUGGUCUCUCUCAUCGGUGCGCUCCUGGGCACCUUGAUGUCAUUCCAGCCAAUGGGUUGUAUGUGGCUAUACGACAACUGGAAAUCUGAUAGGCACGAAAGGACACGGCGGUGGUAUUUUAUGGUUAUGUGGAGUGGGUUUGUCAUCCUUUCCGGGAUGUUCCUUAUGGUUGCUGGCACCUAUGGCUCGGUUGUGGAGAUCAUCAACAACUAUAAAGAGUCUGGAGGUUCCGCUGCCUGGUCGUGCGCCGACAAUUCAAAUUCCGUCUAG